GAGCCUUAAGAUCCCAAUACAUCUAGUGCUGGGGAAACAAACCGCGUUUCCCACUCCUUGAGGCAGGCAUUAAGUUGGUGCCUUGAUGUCUCCUGGAGAUGAGUAUUAAUACGCUCCAAUCUCCCCUUCGAGAUCUCUUGUCUAUCACGAAAUAUCCAGUGCCCCAACCCAAAGGAAGAGCUGAAGCCGUUCGAGAUCCCAACCAAACACAUCUCCCAGAAAACCAAACUUUAAUUAUUCAUUCCCCCAGAAGCCCGUUCCCCUUCUUCCAUUGUCCUCCUAUCCACCCACUCCUCUAUUAUCAUCUCCUUUUCUCGCCGUACGGAGACCACACUCUACUAUUUCACAAAACCUCCAGAAUCCUUACGAAAUUCGCUUUCAAAAAACCGAGGACAAAAAAGGAAAAGCAUCAUCACCACCUCCACAACAAUGUCUUCGAGAAACACACCAUGCCCCGUCUGCCUCGACCUUGGACACAGGGAACCUUCUCGGGGUACAGGUCGCCCUAGAGGGUGCUGGUGCCCCCAAAACGAAACGAGGGAACGGAUUUGGUUCUGUCAUAUAUGCCAGAAUGAGGGUCGAAACCCCUGUUUCCUGAUCGAGAGAAUCAGUCCCAAAUGCCAGCACCCCGAGUGCUCACACGAAGUUUGCAACAGUUGCAGGCGUGAAUGGAGUGGAUAGGAGGCCCCAGGCUGCCCUAUCCCCACCGGUUUAAGUGCGUCCCCGGAUGGGUGGGGUGUGAUGGACCGCUAGGAGGUUGGUGAGGGUUCCCAGGACGCCAGGAGGAUUGAAAGUUUGUUGCUUUCCGGGGCUUGGGCUAUAUCUUUCCCAAGAAGGAGUUGGAGUGGCAAAGAAAGAAAGAACGAGGAAAAAAAAAGGUAAAAACAAAGACAACAAAAAAAGGGGGGUUCAAAAUCGUGGUUCCGAUGAUAGAGGGAUACAGCUUUCUGGUGUUUUGGUUGCUUGCGAAAAAUGGGAGUUUUUUUUAUGCUAGGUAGUUUAUCCUAAGUCUAAAUUUUCCAUCUUCAAACGAACCAUUUACAUUUCUUUUAAUUCCUGUUUCUUUGAUUUAUGUUUUCUGGCUUAGGGAGGGAGGAAAUGGUGAGAACGGGGGAUCUUUGUUUGGUCUUUAGUUUCCUUUUCACUCCUAGAAUUAAUCAAUACUUUUUUUUA